GAUGGGGCAGUGGUCUGGUCAGUAGUGGGAUCAACGAUGGGCCAGCGGUGGGACAGUAAUGGGGUCAAUAAUGUGUCAGUGAUGGUCAGUGCUGGGUGAUGGGGUCAGUGAUGGGUCAGAGAUGGGGUCAGUGCUGGGGUCAGCGAUGGAUCAGUGGUGGGUCAGUGAUGGUCAGCGAUGGUGGUCAGUGGUGGGGUGGGUACCGUGUGUUCAGGACGUGCAGCCAUGAGGUGGGGGCAGCGAUCAGCUGGGUGAAGCAGUUUCUAUUUGUGCACCAUGUGUGGGUGCCGAGUCGUUUGGAGCGAUGGGGGGAUGCAGGCAGGAUGGGUGUCCUGUGUCAGGGUCCAGGGUGGGGAAGUGGGGUUGCCGCGGGGCCCUGGACAGACGUGUCAUUCACACCAGGGAAGCAGAACCAGGCUCUGUGGUUGGUCAUGAGCCUGGGCUGCUUCCUGCCGUGCUGCUGCGCAGGCACCGAGGGCGCAGGAGCCGGCAGAGCGGGCAGGUGAGAAGAAUGGGCUCGGUGUCAGAGGAGCUCAGCUUGGUCCCCCUGCACCAGAGGCCGGAGCUGCUGGAAGCCUGUGCCGAGCUGCUGCGCGAGGAGUGGGGGAAGAGCCGGGCGUCGCGGCUCCACACGCUCCAGCGCUCCUCGGACUCCUUUCCCAUCUGCCUGCUGCUGCUGCGAAGCCGGGGCCCCACCGAGAUCCCUGGCCCCCGGGAGGGUCCCUGCCAGCUGGUGGGCCAUGUCCGACUCUCCCGCGUGGUCGGCCGUCCCCGUGACCUCUACGUGGAGAGCGUGGUGGUGGCCCGGGCGCUGCGGGGCCAGGGCUAUGGGCGGCGGCUGAUGGAGGCCACUGAGCGGUGGGCCCGGGCCCAGGGGUUUGGCUGCCUGCACCUCACCACCCACGACAAGCAGCAUUUCUAUGCCCACCUGGGCUACGUCCUGGGUGAGCCGGUGCAGAGCGUGGCCUUCCUCAGCCCUGCCAUAUCCUCCGAGGUGCUGCGGCUCUUCUCUGCCCCUCCUGGUGCUGCCAUCACCAUCAGGCCAAGGGUACCCUCUGCCCCCCCGCCUCCCCUCCCACCCCUCACUGUCCCACCACCACCCCCUCCACCGACUGUGAUCUGGGCGAGGGGUGUCCUGGCUGAGAACAGCAAGCAGAGCCUCCUGAAAACCCCCCACCGCGACGCCAAAGGGCUCCCCAUCUUCUGGAUGAAGAAGGACAUCUGAGGGGCUGGGGCCCCAAGACGGUGAU